ACAGCCCGAGGUCCAUGUCACUUGCAAAACUUUCAUCGGCUUCACCGCCAGAAAUUCAAAAAGGAGUAAUGAAAACCUAGACUCAUAGAGCUGAAUCCCUAAGGAAUGCACGGGAAAUGAGCAGGAUUGCCGUCGCCGGCGGCAUGAAGGAAGGGGGUUUUACCGUCUUUGAUGUCACACCCCACAAGGUUGCCAUCUGCCACCUGAUCCAGCUCUUUGCUCCGCCGUCGCAGCAGACCGUUCCUUUCCCCUUCGAGUCCAUUUCCCAGCACAAUCGCAUCGGCCUCUUCAUUUUCUCCCUCACCAAGGCUUGCAAUGAUUUUGUCGAACCCUCUCUGGUGGAUUUGAUAAACCAAUUGAAGGCAGUAGGGGAUUCAGUCAAUGUUUGGUUAUGUGAUCAUUUGAUGAGCAGUCUCUUAGAGCUAUCUUCGCCCGAUGAUUUGUUUAAUUUUUUUGAGAAAUUGAGAGGUGUUGUUUCUACCCCUGAUGGUGGGCAUAUGGAAGAUGACCUAAUAUUUUUGGAUCCUAACAGUCACCUGGGGUUGUUCUUGCGUUGUUGUAUACUUUCUUUCAAUCUGUUGACAUUUGAAGGUGUCUGCCAUCUUUUGACCAGUAUAUCCACCUAUUGCAACUCAGGUGAUCCUAGUUAUGAGCUACAAGAAGAUCUUGAUGAAUCAGAGUUUCACGAGUUGCUGGAGGGUGCUGAACCAUACGACGGAAUUGAUGUCUUUCAAAAGUGCAGGCAUGGUGUUCGAGAUGCUUCCAACGGGGAGAGCUCAAAAUCACAUAUUCGCUUACCUAGAUUGGUUUGUCACCCCCACCCAAGAAAUGAUAUCCAAGUACCGUCUGAUUCUUGGUUCGAAGGCACGGACGGUGUUGCUCAGUGCAAUGAAUUUGGUUCUUCCGUGAUGAACAACUUAAGAGGUGAUGAUCACCAAGGGUUCUUGCGGACCAGGUGGCAAGUGGAAGGAUAUCUUAACAUGCAAGCUGAUUUACUUGAGAAGGAUUCUGGCUCUUUUCCUUUAAAUUCAUUCGGAGCUGUUCUAAAACAACUACAUAAGCUAUCCCCAGACCUGCAUCGAGUUGAGUACUUACAAUAUUUGAACAGUCUCUUCCAUAACGAUUAUCUAGCUGCUUUGGAAAACCUACACAGUUACUUUGAUUACAGUGCAGGAAAUGAAGGGGUUUUUAAUCGUUCAUCUGCAUCACCAUCUGAUAUUUAUGUUGGACGGUAUCAGACUGCAUUAUUGUGCUUAGGCACCAUGCACUGUUAUUUUGGACAUUCCAAGAAGGCUUUGGAAGCUUUAACUGAAGCUGUGAGAUUCUCUCAAUUGAGCAAUGACGAUGCCUGUCUAGCUUAUACAUUGGCAGCCAUUUGUAAUAUGUUGUCAGAUGUUGGCAUUUCAAGCACAGCAGGAAUUUUGGGUUCUCAAGAUUCACUUGAAACCAGUAUGAGUCUGGGUGCUCCCCUGUCUACGCAACAACAAUUACUUGUUCUUCUAAAUAGAUCUAUGAAAAGGGCUGAUAGUCUGAAGCUGAUAAGUCUUAUGGCCUUUAAUCGCCUUGCUUUAUCGAAGUUUGAGCUCAAGCAUGUUAGAAGAUCUUUGCUAUAUUUUGGCCCUAAGAGUUCCACAACGCUUAGAACAUGCCCCGUGACUGUUUGCAAAGAAUUAAGACUGUGUUCGCAUGUUUUGAGUGAAUUUGAAUAUGAUGGGCUAUCACAGCCAAAUGAUGAUGGAGCUUUCAGCACCUCCUGGAUAAAAAAUCUUGCAGCUUCUUGCAGUCCCUCGUUUGAGAAUAUAAGAAAAUUGAAGAGUUCAUCUGUAAAUGAUUUUGACUUAUUCCACUUUGAUGCACAACCAAAUCCAAUUCCUGGGUCUGUUCUACAAUUGGCUGGUUCAUCAUAUUUGUUAAGAGCUGCUUCAUGGGAGCUAUAUGGAAGUGCUCCACUUGUCAGACUAAAUGCAUUGGUUUAUGCAACGUGCUUUGCUAAUGGUGCAAGCUCGGCGGAUUUAUCUUUAGCUUAUGUGAAGCUGAUACAACAUUUGGCGAUAUUUAAAGGAUUUAAAGAAGCUUUUGUAGCUCUGAAGCUUGUUGAAAAGAAGUUCUCACCAGUGCCAAAUUCACGAAUUCGACUUCUCAAGCUGCAGUUACUCCAUGAGCGUGCUUUACAUAGAGGACAAUUGAAAAUCGCUCAACAGAUGUGUCAUGAAAUUGGGGUGCUGGCCUCCUCUACUAGUGGAGUGGACAUGGAUCUUAAAACAGAGAAGAACUUGCGGCAUGGUCGGACUUUGCUUGCAGCUAACCAGUAUAGUAAGGCUGCAGCUGUGGCAAAUUCCCUAUUCUGCUUGUGCUAUAAAUUUAACAUGCAAGUUGAGAAUGCCAGUGUUCUUCUAUUACUUGCUGAGAUACACAAGAAAUCGGGCAAUACAGUUCUCGCUCUCCAAUAUGUAUUAGCAAGUGUGUCAUUUUGCCAAGCCUUUAACUUGGAUCUACUCGAAGCAUCUGCUACGUUGACUCUCGUGGAGUUAUGGUUAUCUCUGGGAUCAAACCAUGCAAAGAGAGGAUUGAGCCUUUUGCAUAAAGUACUUCCUAUGAUUCUUGGCCAUGGAGGAUUGCAGCUGCGUGCAAGGGCAAAUAUUACGUUGGCCAAAUGCCUCUUAUCUGAUCCAACCUUUUUAAUUUCCAAGGAUCCUGAUAUGGUGUUGGAUCCCCUAAAUCAAGCUGCCGAGGAGCUUCAGAUUCUAGAGUAUCAUGAAAUGGCUGCAGAGGCAUUUUAUUUGAUUGCUAUGAUCUACAACCAUCUUGGACAACUGGAAGCAAGGGAGGAAGCAGCAAGUUCGUUCAGAAAACACAUCACUGCUCUUGAGAAUCCACAAGUGGAGGAAGAUCCAUUUCCUUAUGACGUUUAAGGAGAAGUCAUCCAAUCGGUCUCCUUGCGGUUUUAGUAGCUUUCUGACAAAUGUGGAGAUCUGAAGAUAAAGUUAUUCGAAGUUCUUACCAUUCAAGACAAAAGUUGUUUUCUUGAUUCAAAUCAAAGACCGGACUUCUGAGAGGUCAUAAUGGGUGACCUCGCUGUAGCUCCAUGUCAUUUGCCAUAGUAGCAUUUAGCUUGUGAACGUUAAUUCACCUGCUACAGUUGGUAUUUUGCAACGGUCUAAACACAAUAUGUUGCAUAACUAGAAAGCUUGUAGAUUAAUCCAUGAAAAAUUAUUUAUUUGUUUAGUCCAUAUUUAUAUAUUGGCACUGAGCCAAAAAUAUAGAUCGUGCUCUCAUUACUUGCGAUGGAACUGAUAACUGAAAGUAGAUGGCAGCAAGUUGUCCAGCUGGAUAUCAAAUCCUGGCCAGCUUCUCUGAACUUUCAAUGCCAGAUCCCGUAAGAUUCUGCAGCAUCCACCGCAGCUGGCAAUCAGCUUGGUUCUCUCACUCAAACUUGACCAAAUUUAUCACAGGUCAGCCUUGGCUGAUUCUCCAUGGUUUUCAAAACAAGGAAAAUUGAUGAUUGCAUUCUUCUUCAGCUCCCCUCCAAAUUCAAUUGCACUCGACAUUGCUUCAGUAUUACUUUCCAAGUUAGAUGGCUACUUUGUACAGCAACAAUAACUAUUUCUUCAAACCUUUAAACCAUAGAUGAUCCGACCUUCCCGAUUAUCAUCAGCCCUUGAAACCUGCAACCAAACAAGUAGCAAUCUUUUCUUCCCCUCCUAUCUUUGAAGACUGUUUAUCUUUUUUAUCAGAAGUGAAAAAACCCUCAGAAAUGGAGAUUAGUUGGUGCAGACUAUUAGAGAAAAGAUGGACUUCAGACUUGGUAGUAGCAAGUCUUUGCAACCAUCCAUUACUUACUGGAAGAUGGCCUGCUGCUGUGUACUACUUUUGCAAAGAAGAUGGACAUAAACAGGCAAUCAUCUCAUGUUCUCCUUUCAACAGCACAAGUUAUCGUGGCUUGAACUUGAUUCCUAUUGAUUAUAUAGCUCAGAAUGGCAGAAAUUCUGGAGCAAGAACUACUUUGCUGAAAGCGGUUUGGAUAGAGUCUGUAUUUCCUUGGAAAUAACUUGGUUUGAAUUUUUUUUUUUCUGCAUUUAGAGCUGGGAUAUUCUUUAGACGUAUGGUUAUGGACCUUAUGGUCUAUUUUUCUGCUUUUAGAAGAAAUAUUCAAUGUAAAAAAAACAUUUUUUAAAGCUAUUUUCUCUCGACAUUGCUUCAGUAUUACGUUCCAAUUUAGACGGCUACUUUGUACCGCAA